GUCUCGGCUAGCUUUGUACUUGACAAGCCUUUCACUUUACUUGGAGAAACUUAACAAUCAAACCAAACCGGACUCCGCGACGAUUUGUCGUUUAAAAUGUGAUUAAAAGUUUUAAAAAUGUGUCUAAGUCAUGUCAUGCCAAAGUUAUUUUGGAUAGUUUUUAUAAGUUAUUUAGUUGAACCAUGCAGUUCUUUUGUUCUUCGCGCCUACCUCUCCCAACACGGCCUUCAUGGAGAGAUAGAAUUUUCCCACAAAAACGACACCUUAAUCAGUAUCCGCACAAACCUAAAACCAACAUUACAAUAUCCUGACGGAGUUUGGAGAUGGACUAUUCACGAGUUUCCUGUCGAUUAUCGGGAUAUUUCUGAAUCCCGGUGCUCAGAAGAAACUUUAGGGAGAGAAAUCAUAGAUUUGACUGAAGAAUUGGGGUAUUUAAUUAUACCUGGGAAAGACCACGCCGAGUUCGAAAGCAAAAAUACUUUGACCGGCCCUAAUGGACUCUGGGGGAGAAGCAUUGUUUUAGAAACAGCAGAGAGAGAUCGAAUAAUCUGUGCAUCAAUUCUCUCAACUGAGAAGCUGUAUGAAACUCAUGCUCUAGCCAAAUUCACUGCACCGGUGGCAGGUACAUUACACUUUAGAUGGAUCUCCGCUAAAGAGAUUGACGAAUCCGAUUCGUAUAUCCAAGCUGACUUGUAUCAUGCUAAAGCAGUUACAGAUAAGUCAGAGUACACUGAGCAUAAAUGGAAGCUCUUUGUGACAGACAUAUUUGAUUCUGAUAAGGGAAAUUACGAGGACAAUUGUAAUGUACUGCAAGCAGUCUUCGACCCGGAGAACAAUGGAGAAGGCAUGAGUGUAGGUGACUUAGAUAGUAGAUUGGGUCUUAUUAAAGUGGCUACGGAUGCUAAAGUAAAAAAAGUGAGGACUCUUUAUAAAAAUGAUGUGAUAGACAUUUUGAAAAAUGAUAUGGAGAUGACACGACGAAGUUUGUAUGUGGUGAUUUUUGAUAAUAGACAUGUCGAUAGUUUCUUGGCUUGUGCUAAGUUGAGGCUGAUUCCUCCAAAAAGCAGCAAGGUUUUGAUCAACAUGGACGGAAUCCGCGGCACCGUUGAUUUUACCCAGCGCUCCCCAUUUGACCCGACCUGGGUUAACUUUCAACUUGGUGCUUCCGACAUGGAGUAUGAAUCCAAUCUUCGUUUUGUUGGCUCCAUGCUUCAAUACAACAUCAGAGAGUUGCCUCCGAAACUAUUGGAUGCGAAUCAAGUUAAUUACAUGUGCAAUACGACGGGAGAUAUUUAUAAUCCCAUGGAAUUGGACUUGAAGACUUUACCUCCGCCAGGAUUAAGUACGCAAGACCACUAUCCCGUGGGAGAUCUGCUGGGAAAAUACAAAGAUCGGACCGAAUACUUGAACCACAAAUAUCUUCUGCCUGGUUUGGCUAAUGAAUUAAGUGGAGCGUAUUGGGACGUGUACCUACCAUUACAAGGAAUUUAUUCUGUGGUACACAGAUCCCUCGUGUUGGAGAGGAGACCCGGAAAGCGUAAUGUGUGUGGAACUAUUCUACUUUACGAGGAUGGUACAGAAUACCAGAUACAAAUGAGUGGAGCUCAGGUCAUCUUCCGGUAUCCUAUUGUGGGAAGAGUUAUUUUCAGGCAGCCGUUGGACCAACCCUGGGAGGACACCACCAUAAUAAUCGAGAGCAUGGUACACGCGGAUGGAGCCAAUGUAAACAACACAAGAGAGCAUCGUUGGGCCAUCCACGAACACCCCCCGGGGGUUGAUUAUUACAACUGGACGGGACGAUGCCUCAGCGCCGGAAAAGUAUACGAGCCCCAUAGUCUGGAUAUAGACACACGACACCCCGAACAGUACUGCAGGAGAGGAUUGGAAGGGCUUUGUCGCAUUGGAGACUUUACCACGAGGCACGGCAUGCUCUCUAUAGCUGGAAAGAAAGUGGAUAGUGAUCGACUAACAAGGAGGCUGUUUACUGACACAGUCAUAUCGCUGACAGGCAAGCAUAGCAUCAUGAGGAAAUCACUACUUAUUUAUGAUGAUCACGGACCCGUUGCUAGGGGUGAGAGAAUGGCUUGUUCAAUAGUGAAUGGCCUUCAUCGCCGUAAAGCGGUGGUCCGCGAUUGGUUCGGAAACGGACAGCAGCUUCAGCUGAAAGGCAAGAUUGAAAUGACUCAACAAUCAGAGUAUGACGUCACUAAUGUACAAGUCACGAUCGAAGGGUUGCAGAAUGUAAAUGACUAUAAAAUUCACGUGGUGCCUGUUGAGAAAGAAUUGGAAUUCCCUUGCGAGAAAGAAACACUGUAUGACACAUUCAAUCCGUUUCAUGUGGAUAAGUCGCUUAGUCCACCGCCCGCGCAAGGUACUGCUGACCAAUACGAGCUCGGAGAUUUAGGACUCAAAUAUGGUUUAAUCGAUGAAGCGAAAAGUUUCAAGUCCUUUUACAAUGAAACACAGGUGUCUUUAUUUGGUCCUUACAGUAUACUAGGACGAUCUGUGGUUCUACAUAAAAAGAGCCGUGACCGUAGGUGGGCAUGUUCGAGUAUAGAGCGAGGGUACAGCCCAUCAGAAGCUCGUGAAAUCCGAGGGAUCGCUUCAUUCCACCACCCUGGCGGAUUCGCUCGAGGCUACAUUCGAAUGUCCCAACUCAUCCACAAUGAUGGAAGCACCAGCGAUACCGUGAUAGAAGUAAAGUUGAGGUAUCCGGGAGUGAGAGACAGAAACUAUACCCGUAAUCACAAAUGGGAGAUAUUCGUGAAUCCUGUCGGAGUAGAUGCUGCAGUUCAAGUGACUAAUACUAGAUGUGUAGCUGGUGGUUACCGCUGGAAUCCGUACUUCACGCAGCUAGCUGAUCCAUUGAACCAUGAUCUAUACAGUCAAGAGUGCGGGAUUGACAAUCCACUGCGGUGUGACGUCGGCGAUCUGACUGCCAGAUUGGGAACGAUUAACAUCGGUGGUGAGCGUCAAAUGCUCAUGGACACAAAUUUUCCAUUGGAAGGUAAAGUGUCUGCAAUGGGACGUUCAAUCGUGAUCUUCGGUCCGGAAAGAACUAGCGAACGAUUUGCUUGCGCCAACAUCGAACCCGAUAAUGACAUCAUCAAAUAUGUCAAUCUGGUUAGAACGCCGAAAUUUGUACUUGGUCAAUUCUUAGAAGAUAUUCGGAAAGUAAUGGGUGUUCCUGAGUGGAUGGUCAGCGUGGACUCGCGUCGUACUCGCGACCUGCACCACUCUACCUGUAUUCAGAUCCUACUGCACUUCACUGGACCUCACGCCAACAGACUCGAACUUGAUUUUACUAGAUUACUAGCGUCCGGAAGAUUGGAUUCGCCGAGUAUAUUCAUACCCGGCUACGUGGAUACGAAGAGAAAGAGGGGUACUCAAUAUAGACAUUGCGGAGUCACAGAUCCCAAUGAGAAGAAAAGAAAUUUAGAGGGGCCGUUUUUAUUUUUUGGACCUAAAUCCUUAGAAAAGUACAAAAGGCCAGCAUUGAAGUAUUUGGACCAAGAUGAGUUGACGAAAAUAUAUGGAGAGCAAGCGGCUAUAGUGGUUUUUAAUAACCAGGAUUCGGUGCCACUUUCCAGUGGAUAUUUCCCAAGGUUAAGGAAGAUGUUGGAGGGUCAGACUGUGUUGGUUUUGCCGCAGGAUUUUUUGGAUGUUCACCCGGAUUACAUCAGCAAUGAAACCCAGAUGCUUACCCUUCAAGGACCAUGGUCAGAAAGAGACGCACAGAUGACGGAGACAUUUGCUCGGCUCCAAGAUAUCUAUGGAGCUGGGCGGGUUUUAGGGAUUUUGGGAAAUUCCGUUUCACAAAGUCAAUCUCCGGACUACGUCGAAGGUGAAUGGUCUAGAGUGAGGAGGCAGACUGGUAAUGAAACAACAACACCGUCCGGUCAAGAAGAAGAGAAGAUGACUAAAGCUGUCCCUAAAUACGCAUUAUAUAAUGCAACUGGUCCCCCCGGAAAGGGUGCACUUCUCUACUCAUCAGGAUGGCCUGAGUUACGUUUAGCGAAUGGAAAGAGGGUGGUUCUCAGCAAUCAAGUUGGCGAAUGUACUGUGAAACCGACAAGGCUUUAUACUAUGCUAGUUGUCAAAUUCGCUGAUGGAGACAGUAGAGAUAAGAUAACCCUCGAAUUCAGUUUCAAGCAGUCAGCUGGCUGGUGGACGGCCGUCGGAGUCGAGGUCAUAUUCGGAUCCCUCGAAACAUCUGGAUUGAAUUUGAAGGCACCAGCCCCACCUGAUGCUCCUUCAGCAGUGCUGGGUCGUUCUUACCAUUGUUCUCAGCCUCUUGUGUAUACGUCUGAUGAGGCAAUUUUAAGACUUCCCGAUGUUCAGAUGCAAAUUUUUAUGGAUAGCACGGAGAGGUUCGCUGAUGCUUUUGAUUGCAUUGGCUUUACAACUGUGCCGAUCUGGUCCGGAUUAAUGGUGUCAUUCAUAAUGCUGCUAGGGCUGGCGGUGUCUGUUUGCAUGAUAAUGGAUAUUAAGACCAUGGACCGCUUUGAGAGUAACAGAAGCAAACAACUGACGAUCACUGUUAAUGAAUAAAUUAUGAUAAACCCUAAGCCCGUUUCACGAUUGGCUAAAAGCCAUUUUUGAUCAUUACAAAACUUCUUUAUAAAUCUGGUGAUUAAUAGGACGUUUACGAGGGGUAGUUUUUUGGUGAAGCCCUUCUGUCUAAUUCGAUUUCUUCUGCAAAGCCAUUUUAAGAACUGGUUUUGAAACAUGGCCAUUAACAUUAAUCUACUUGUGCGAUAUUACCACAUAUCUAAAGGCUUCUGGAGUAAUUGUUCACAUAUCUGAAGUUUACUUCCUUUUUGGAUACUUGAGCGAGGGAACUGCUAAUUAAAAUUUAUAUUAUUUUUGUGUACAGUGAGCAUUGAUCACGACCAGAACGGAUAUUGAUAUUGUUUUAAGAAAGACUAAGACACAGCGCGGUCUUUUGGUUGUUGAUCCACUUCUCCUUUGCUCUCCUGAUGAUUCUCCUGAUAUAUAGAAGACAACUCCGAUUGCUUCUCUAUUGUAAUUUAGCUGAAAAGAAAGAAUAUCUAAAAGAAUAUCUAUUAUAGUUAAACCUUGUUGUGGAAUUUUGAAUUUCAGAUCAUUCUAAUUUCAAAUACAUUGACAUUAAUAUUGGUAUUAUAUUAUAACGGUAUAAUGGUAUUAUAAGCGUCUUAUAUAGUAUUAGACCAGUGAUUCUCAACCUUUUAUUUGUUGCGGCACAUAUUUAACGAUUUCAAAAUUUGGCGGCACACAAAGAAAAAGAUAAAAAUUAUUUACUUACUACCGAAUCACAUACAUUUGCCAAUUUUAACGAAAGAAAAGAUGCAGUAACUACUAUGCAACACCUUGUGAAUCCCAACUAUCACUAAAACAACACGUUUUGUACGCACAAGUGGCAAGUGUGCGCCGACUUGAGACAUAUUCCUAUUGCUAUGCACGCCGCUUCAUCAUAAUUUGGCACUAAGACAAACCGCGUUGCAAAGCAAAUAAUAACACACUUUUGAAAUUUGGCGGCAAACAAAAGUGCCGCGGCACAGUGGUUGAGAAUCACUGUAUUAGACUAUAAUUUGUUAAAAAAUAUAUGGAUGCUAUAAACAUUAAAAAUAUCUUGACUGUUGUACUUUUAGUUGUAGUAAAAUUUAAAGAUCAUAUUGUGUCAGCUUCGCUGCUGGUAUUGAAAUUAUAUGAAUAAACAAAUACAUAUCUUA